AUGAGUUAUGAUUUCUUAUUGAGAACUAUCAUGGCAGGAUAGCAAAUAAAAGAUGAGCUCGUAACCUUUGAUCCUGAUUGCAUCCCUCCCAACUUUGAAAUAGCACGGCUGCAUUAAAAAGCGAGUGCAGUUGGCAAAAACUCAGCAGAAGAGGAAAUCGUUAAUAUGUAGGAAGCACGUUGUCCAUGCUGUUUAAAAUGGACAGAGAAGGCUCCGCUGUCAAUGAAAGUAAGUCCAUUGAAGUUAUCCUUCCUUGGAACAGGAGUGCCACUAUUUUUCGAUUUCAUAAAAUAAUGCAUAACCAUUUUGAUCAUCAUGUUUUGUACCUCAGGAGACUACAAUUUAAUAACCAACAUUGCUUUUGGGACGAGUUGUCAAAAGGAUCUGGAUGAUACGAAUACAAGUGACAAUUGUGACUUGAAUUAUAUCACAUAGUCAUCCUUGGCAAAUAAGCGUUUGGAUUCUUCACUGAUGAACCUGCAAUAGAUGUUGAAUUUGGUCUCGAUCUUUAUCAUAAUCAUCUUGCUUCAAUACAUUAGAAUUUAAUAAAGGACUAUCCUCAGAGAUUGUGAUUUCCACACAACCACUCCUUCAGAUUUCGGAGUGAAAUUGAGUCAUAUUCCAGUAGAUAAUGCUGGCUAGAUCAAAGAUCGACUUAGUAAAGUGCUGAAUGAAUUCUUGGAAAAAAAUGUUCCAUACGAUCCAAAAGUAUUAAAAUACAUGGAGUCUAAGAUGAAGAGAAAGAAUGUCAAAAAGGGGUAUAAGAUUCCUCCCAGAAUCCAUUCAAUUACACUGUGUUAUGACAUUUCGAAAUACGAGUAGUUGAAUGCUAAGAAGGAAUCCUUUGUGAAGGAGAAGUAGAAGUAUCUGGAAAAAAUGUAUGAAAAUUACAUGUAUGUGGAUAAUGAACUCAAUGAAAUCGAAAAGAAUCUCGAGGCAGGUAGGUAACAAGUGAAGCUGUAUUUUGAUUAAUUCCUUGAUUCGAAUAGCGAGUAGAAGGAAUUUGUGGGAAUUGCAUUUGUGACCUUCUAAUGGGAAGCAGAUUAGGAAGCCUUCAUAAAUCUAAAUAGAACGACUGUUUGGGGCAGAUAUUUUGGGGAGUAGACUAAAAUAUUUUUGGAUGAUUAAAACAUCGUUGUGGAUGAGGCUCCAGAGCCAAAUGAUAUCAAAGAUAUUUAAUAGGAUAUUGAGCGUAAUCUUAAUUGUUGGGCUAUUUUCAACAUUUCUAAACUAUAAUAAGAAUUGUUGGAGAAAGAGAAUCUGCUUUUAAAGAAGUUAGCAUCUCUUGCUUCAGUGAUCAUCAUAUUCAUAAACUACUUAUUGUCUUAUAGCAUUAAAAAGAUUGCAGCAUUCCAAGGGUUUUCAACCAACACUGGUCAUCAUAUUUCAAUUGCUACUUCAGCUGGCAUUGCUCAAUUUGUGAAUAGUGCCUUGGUGACAUGGCUAGUGUUCACACUUCUUUUCGAUGAAAACUAUUACAAAGAUGGAGGUCUAAUUUAUAACCAGACCUAUGUGUUCAUCUCCAAUAUGAUAAUCCCUGCUGUGACUGCAAUUCUAGAUCCAUUUUACUGGCUCAAAGUGUAUUAGCGAUAUUCGGAAGAGUAGAAGGGGAAGUACUCUGUGUGUACCCAAGAACAAUUGCAUAAACUAUUUGAAAACAACGAGGAAACACUAUCUGAUCGUUAUGCUGGCAUAAUUAAAACCAUGCUAAUGACUUCGUUCUAUGCGAGUAUCAUACCUUUGGGCAUAUUAUUUUCAAUUGGGGCUUUGACUCUAUUAUAUUGGGUCUAUAAGUACUAGUUCCUGAGGAGAAGAACAUUCAAAUAAUCUUUGAGUUUCAAUCUAUCCAUUGAAAUGACGGAGGUGUUGGAAUACAUGAUUCCUAUUUACUGUUUUUCUAAUUUCUGGUUUUAAUACACUUUUACUAAAGGGAAGGAUGUCUCUUCAUUUGCGAUAAUCGGAGUGGUUAUUGGAAUAGUUAAUGCUGUCUUGCCGUGCUAUGAACUGAAUUAGGCUCUCUUCAUUAUAGAGGAUUACGAGUAGGUCACAAGGCCUUACAAAAAGAUAGAGAAAUCGUUGGAUAGUGAUUAUAGUAGGAACAAUCCAGCCACUCAAGAUCAGGCCAAGGAGAAAUUCAUUUAAAGUAUGCGCGUUAAUAAAUGA